AUUUCUGCUUUGUUUUCUCUAUACAAUAGAUCUACUUUAAAAAAUAAAAAGACUGGUGACAGGUGGUAUCUCUUUCAACACCACAGCACCUUUGACUCACAUUGAUGAGAAGCUCUGUUAUCAAAUCCUGUAUGAAUACAAAAUCCACAAUGCUGAGGAAAACGGUAGUGGGCUUUUACUAAACUCCUCAACAGCCCAGAACACUUCAAUCUCAAGGCCCACUAAAGGCCCAGAAUGUAGGACGUAACAGAGUCCGGCGACUCGGCAGCAACCCUGGUUCUCUUUGAAAUUUUGAAUUAUAAUAAAGAAACCUGUUUAGAAUCUAUGACCUCUUAGCAUAUAUAUUGUUAUCCUCUGUUAAUUGAUUCCAUAGGAUCGAAUCUCAGGGAAUGGGGAUCGCGUCAUCCAUCCAAUUUCCGCCGGCAAAACCGGAGCAAGAGAAACCGGAAGAUUUCAGUGAUUGGCCAUAUCCGAUGACAGCUAAUGCAGAGUUGUUGAUAAAGAACAUCAAUGGCUUGUUCCCACCGAGAGCGGGAGAAUCAUCAACGGAUGAAGCCGUAGAAGCUAGGUAUUUCGAGUUCUUGAGAGGAGGCUGUUGCAAAGAUGUGGCUAAGGCUCUGGAAGAUUGUGAAGGACCUCGUAGCACUAAGUGUAAGCAAAUCACGGAGAUGCUGUUAAAUUGUAUGUAUUCUCACCCUGAUUACUAUCAACCGGUUAUUGCUGUGUUUGAAGCUUGUGUCGAACAGAUAGACAAGGACCUUGAGGUCUUUCGUGCAAAGAAACAAAGAGAGGACAGCUUUGAGAAAGCUAAUCUCUUUAAGGGCUUUAAGAGAUUCUAGGGGAUGUUUUUUUUUUUUUACUAUUGGAUUUCAAUACUUUUUGUUUGUUAAUAUUGCUUCUGAAACAUAAAAGCUUAACCAGAGAUCAAUUAAGCUCAAACCAAAACAUUAAUCAACUUUGUCAAUCUUAUCAGCCUCCAUACAUGGCCAUAUGAUAUUGUUUACCCUUUUUAGUGU